AUGCACCGCCAGGUGGAUGACAUUCUUGGGGAGGAGAGCGACGAUGAGGAACGCGAGAGCCGUGGAAAGUCCCAAAAGAAGGGGAGUAAAGCAGGCACUCCUUCAGGGCUGGAAUCUCAAGGCCAUAGUGCAGAGGAGCAGAGCCAGCCAGCAGCCAGCCCAGCCUUGGAGAGCCAAUCAUACAGCCCUCACAGGGGCCACAAACGAAAGCUGGAGGAGGCCAAGGAGGAAGAGGAGGUGGCAGACGAUGAAGGGGCCAAAGCAGAGGCGGGCUCUGAAGAGGAGUCCUCCAAAGACUCCAACGACGACAGCGGAUCAGAUGCGGACGAGAUGGCGGCGGCUUUAGAAGCAGAACUCAACGACUUCAUGUGA